AAAAUGGGCAGAUUUUGCAAAGGGAAAAAUAGGAAAUAAACGCAACAGGAAAAUCCUGUUCAGGUAGAGCCACCACCAAAGGCCAAUAUAAGGGCGCGUCAAGAUGACAAGAAGCAGCAACUCGCCACCGUAGAGGAGUUUUGCUCCAGCCACAGCAGCUAGGUACGUACGUAGUUUUGUGAGGGAAACAACCAAAAGAGAGCCAGGUAGCUAGCUCGCUCGCAAGGUGAACGGAGGUGGUGGCCAUGGGCUCCUACGCUUUGCCACGGCGGUCUCUCGUCCUCUUCCUCCUCUCCGCCGCCGCCGUCGCGUCGACGGCAGCAUGGGCUGCCGCUUCGUCGGCGGCCGGCGGUGGUGAUGAUGCCGCUCGCCGCAGCCUCCUCGACAACGGGCUCGGGCGGACGCCGCAGAUGGGGUGGAACAGUUGGAAUCAUUUCGGGUGCAACAUCAACGAGAACACCAUCCGGAGCACCGUUGACGCACUCAUCUCCACCGGGCUCACGAAGGCUGGAUACACUUAUGUCAACUUAGAUGAUUGCUGGGCAGAUUACCAAAGGACCAAAGAGGGUUACAUAGCUGCUGAUCCAAAGAAGUUCCCUUCGGGGAUUAAGGCACUCGCAGAUUAUGUGCACAGCAAGGGGCUUAAACUAGGCAUAUACUCUUCAGCCGGCUCAAGAACUUGCAGCAAAACGAUGCCCGGAUCUCUGGGCUACGAGGACAUCGAUGCUAAGACAUUUGCAUCAUGGGGUGUGGAUUACUUGAAGUACGACAACUGCAACAGUGACGGCUCGAGCGAAACCGUCAGAUUCCCCAAGAUGUCUUUCGCUCUGAGAAAAACCGGACGUCCGAUCUUCUACUCGAUCUGCGAAUGGGGCCAGAGGAAUGUGGCGACGUGGGGUGGCCAGUACGGCAACAGCUGGAGGACCACCGGCGACAUCAAUGACUCAUGGGCCAGCAUGCUGAGCAACAUCGACAGCAACGACGCCUCCGCCAGCUACGCCAAGCCCGGCGGCUGGAACGAUCCUGACAUGCUGGAGGUCGGCAAUGGAGGGAUGACGAACGACGAGUACGUCGUGCACAUCAGCCUUUGGGCGAUUGCCAAGGCUCCUCUGAUCAUCGGGUGCGACGUGAGGAGUAUCUCCAGGGAGACGAUGGAGAUCCUCUCCAACCCUGAAGUCAUCGCCAUUAACCAAGAUCCAUUGGGCGUCCAGGGAAAGAAAGUCAGGAAGUACGACAACGAAAUCGAGGUAUGGGCAGGGCCGCUCUCCCAGCAGAGGACGGCGGUGCUGCUGCUGAACCGCGGCGCCACGGGCAGCCGGCAGAUCACGGCGGCGUGGCAGGACAUCGGCGUCGGCCCCGGCGUCGCCGUCGAGGCGAAGAACGUCUGGCUGCACGCGACGGCGCCGGGGAGGUUCACCGGCAGCCUGACGGCGGAGGUGGCGGCGCACUCGUGCAAGCUCUUCGUCCUCACGCCCGUCGGCCGGGCCAGCGAGGAGCGGAGCUAGGCAGCUAGCUGGAGAUUGGACGCCGUCGUGGGAUCGAACUAUAUAUAGGAUUUUAGAUUGUCCCAAUACGCGUGUGCGUCUGUGACAACAAGCUAGAAUGACAAACUCUAAGCAGUUAGCUUGUGAUCUGCACUCUGCAUGCAGUUGGUGAUCUAAAUUUAGAGUGUAUUGCGACUCGUACGUGUUCGUCGUUUAAACCUCGCAAAAUCAAUUCCCCAAGCCAAACAAGGUUUCUGCAUGUUCGUUAA